UCAUUAGCUGUUUUAAUGCUGUAUAACAACUAAAUGAUUAAGAGAGUGCACACUAGAGUUUAGCUGCCGAGGUCUUAUCCUAACCCUACAAUUAGUAACUAUGUGACACUGGGCAAAGAUCCUUUCCCUUCCUCUCUCAAUUUUCUCAUCUGUAGUAUUUGUAACCAUUACUGUAAAUACUGUAACAAUGCCUAUGGUUUGUACUAGAAACCUCUGUAGAGAGCCGGAGAGAUGGCUCAGCAGUUAAGAACACAUGCCACUCUUCCAGAGGACCCUAGUGGAUUCUCAGCACCCAGUUCUAGCGGCUCCCAUCUACCUGUAACUCCAGCUCCACCGUAUCUGAUGUCCCCUUCCGGCCCCUGUGCGCACCUGCCCUCCUGUACACAUAAACCCUGAUACCAUACACAUAAUUUUAAAAAUGAAACAAAUCUUUGAAAAAACACAUCAGUAGAGAAGUUAGAAACAUGUUACAUACCAUUGUAAAAUUGUCACUAGUAUAUUUUUCAAAAAUGAAACUGGAAAAUAGCCAAUCCUGUGUCUAUCGCUCAUCCUUUGGCGUUUUCUACCUGAAAGACUCUACCUAGGAUUCGUGACCUUCCUUUCUCUGCACCCAUCAUCACCCCUAUUCCAAACCUGUAGCCUGGGUUUAAGAAAACACGGAGCUCUGGGGAGAGUUAAUCCCUCGGCAUUUUGAACUUUGCCGUGCAAGAAAACGAAAGACUACUCUUUCCUCCCCGCUUUAACCCUUCUCAUACUGGAGUAACUCAUUUGGGACCCAAGGGUGGAGUCGGUCCCGCUCCCUGGUGCAGCAGUGAAGACAGAUACCGAGGCACCUGUCAGAGGGCUGUGGGCGGGGGCCGGGUCAGCGAGGCCCGCAGAACCGAAGAGUGAGCGCCGUUGAGCGCACGCUCAGAGCAGACAGCUGGAAGCAGGCAGGCCGGAUGGUCUAAGACACUGGGGCUGACCGCCAAAGGGAGGGAAAGGUGGUCAAGGAAACCGGCCAGGCCAAGUACGCGGGGUGACAGCAAGGAAAGUCCACGGCCAGCAGCUGCCGAAGCAGCCCUACACCUUAUGCGCGGACGCAGAGCAGGCGGGAGAGCGAGGACGCGCCGGGCACUGCGCGCUGACCCCGCUGGGGCGCACGGGUGCCAUGUCCUGCGAGCGGCCUCCGCGCACCGACAUCCCUCGCAACCUGAGCUUUAUAGCAGCACUGACCGAGCGCGCCUACUACCGCAGCCAGCGGCCCAGCCUCGAGGAGGAGCCGGAGGAGGAGCCGGGGGAGGGCGGGACCCGGCCCGGUGCCCGCUCCCGGGCUCACGUUCCGGGUCGGGGGCGUAGGGCCCGCUCCGCGCCCGCAGGUGGCGGCGGGGCACGGCCAGCCCGCAGCCGCAGCCCUGACACCCGCAAGAGAGUGCGUUUCGCCGAUGCGCUGGGGCUGGAGCUGGCCGUGGUCCGCCGCUUCCGCCCGGGGGAACCGCCCCGGGUGCCCCGCCACGUGCAGGUGCAACUGCAGAGGGACGCCCUGCGCCACUUCGCGCCGUGCCCGCCGCGCACCCGCGGCCUCCAGGAGGCGCGCGCCGCCCUGGAGCCCGCCCGCGAGCCCGGCUUCGCCGCCCGGCUGCAGGCGCAGCGCAUCUGCCUGGAGCGCGCCGACGCCGGCCCUCUGGGCGUGGCCGGGAGCGCGCGCGUGCUGGACCUGGCCUACGAGAAGCGCGUGAGCGUGCGCUGGAGUGCGGACGGCUGGCGCAGCCUGCGGGAGUCGCCCGCCGCCUACGCCGGCCCGGCCCCGGCCCCACCGCGGGCUGACCGCUUCUCCUUCCGCCUGCCGGCGCCUCCGGUCGGCGGCGCGCUGCUUUUCGCCCUCCGCUACCGUGUGACCGGCCGCGAGUUCUGGGACAACAACGGCGGCCGUGACUACGCGCUGCUUGGGCCCGAGCACCCGGGUGGUGCCGGAGUCGCCGAGCCCCAGGGCUGGAUCCAUUUUAUUUGAGACUGGGCUCCUGCCGGCCACAGCAGGGAAAAAACAAAAACAAAACAAAACCAAAACAAAAAAAAAACAAACAGAGGCACCCAGGCGUGGGGGGAGGCUGUGGCAUCAGGAACCCGGGAACCACGAUUGGCAGAUGGGUGGAGAGCCGUCCCCGAGAGUCAAGCAGAGGUGGCUGGAAACCAUCUGCGAGGCUCAGAGACUUUAGGGUGGAGAACAUCAGCUGGGUGUAAGUGGAAGGAACUCAAGGAAUUCGAGAAAGGAGUCCCAGGCUCUGGAAAGUUAGGCCUCCUUGGGCUAGGAAGCAUUAUUUAUGGAUUGAGCAACCUUGAUGUCUGAAGUCCAGCCCAGUGAAGUCAUUCGGAUUGCUUCCCUCUUACUGGCCUUACCACCUCAGGUCCCCAUGUCCUUCCCAUCCUAGCUUUAUCUGAGCCGAAAUUGCCUUGCUUAACCCCAGGAAUUUGACCAUUGGCCCCUGGGCCCUGGCAGUAUGACAGGAUUCCCUUGACUCUCAGCCGUUUGUGGCUUCAGUCUUCAAGGCACAGUGGGAGAGAGUCUGUCAGCCACCGGACAAGCCUCGUUAGGAAUAUAGAUGGUGGCAAAACUAGCUCCGGGCCUGCCCUUAUAAUAGCCAAAUAAUGGGGCAUCGAAGGGGUUUGCAUAGUCAGGCUUCCAGAAAGAUGAAUGCCAGCCUUACUUUUCUGGGUGCCUUCUUAAAACCUUGAAGCACUUUAUGGACUGUUUGUCAAGGGACAGUGAACCAUGAAAAUCACUCCUGAUUGAUUCUUUGCGCCUCUGAAAAAGAGGAAACCACCGAGUGUCUGUAUGAUUGAGCAGGGUUUUUUUUUUGGGGGGGGGGGCUCCUGUUUCCUCUGUGAGAAACUGGAUUUGAGUUAGGUGGCUCCCUAAGGCUACCUUUUUUUUUUUGGAAAAGGUCUGUAGCCUAGGCUGGCUCUGGCUCUCAGCCCUCCUGUAGCCUCUGCUGUGCUGGGGUUAUUGGUAUGAGCCACUGUGCCCUUAGGGCUACCUUUUGGUGUUUUAUGAUCUGUUCGUGGCACAGUAUAGGUUAGAAACUUUUCUCCAACCUAGUGCCACGGUGAAAGCCCACACAGCAAGCCAGGGGUAGUGGCUGUUUGUGUUUGAGGCCAGCCAGGUAAUAGGAUUGACUACCAGGCUAUCUCGGGCUACCUGAGACUGUCUCAGAAAAUUAAAAGAGGAAACAAGGCUUACCUAGCCCAGUGAGCCUGUGGUUGGGGGUGAGGUAGUUCCUCUCGUUUUGUUUGUUUGUUUGUUUGUUUUGGGAGGGGCGCACAGAUGAUCCAGGACACAGGAAGCAUAACCAGCCCGUAGCCACAGUGCAUUCCACAGCUUCCAAGCCAUAGCUCAUCCUGUGCCAUCUGGUACUUGUUUUUACCUCCACAGACUUCCAGUCUGGGUCCCCUGAGAAAACGGAGAAGAGUAUUGUUGUUAGGGAAAGUGAUGCAUGGGAACCCCAGAAUGAAACAGUGUUAGAACCCUGGAGGUUAUGGGUAUAAGAAAUGGAAAACAAGCCGGGCGGUGGUGGCGCACGCCUUUAAUCCCAGCACUCGGGAGGCAGAGCCAGGCGGAUCUCUGUGAGUUCGAGGCCAGCCUGGUCUCCAAAGCGAGUUCCAGGAAAAGGCGCAAAGCUACACAGAGAAACCCUGUCUCGAAAAACCAAAAAAAAAAAAAAAAAAAAAAAGAAAUGGAAAACAAGAAUGGCACCAGAAGGUGAUAGUUUGAUCCCUAUCCUGGGCCGUUGAAAUGGAAAACCUGGAGUCUAAUGUAAUACCCAUCCACAUUCGCACCUCAUGUCCUUCCUAGGGAGGCGCUACGUUUUUGCUGGUUGUUUCUCCUUUCCUUGUCUUUCUCCCUUCCCUCACUUGUUUCUUUUUAAAGAUUUAUUUAUUAUGUAUACAGUGUUCUGCCGGCAUGCAUGUUUGCAAGCCAUAAGAGGGCACCAGAUCUCAUUGCAGAUGGUUGUGAGCCACCACGUGGUUGCUGGGAAUUGAACUCAGGACCCCUGGCUAGAGCUCUGGACCUCUGAGUCAUCUCUCCAGCCCCCUCACCUGUUUUUUUGAACAGGUAGGGCAUUGAUUUGCCUUUAUUUCCUCCCUGCAUCCUUGCUGGUCUCUGUGGGACAUCCCCUUUCCCUUGAGAGGGGAUGGGGAUUAUAGCUCCUUUUCUUGAAGGCCAUAGUUGAUCCACCAUCUACAGAUGCCUCCUUGACAGUUCUUUUUUUUUUUUUAAUUUAUUUAUUAUGUAUACAGUGUUCUGCCUACAUGCAUGCUUGCAUGCCAGAAGAGGGCACCAGAUCUCAUUACGGAUGGUUGUGGAUGCUAGGAAUUGAACUCAGGACCUCUGGAAGAACAACCAGUGCUCUUAACCGCUGAGCCAUCUCUCCAGCACCCCUUUGACAGUUCUUUAUAGGGGAAAGGAUGUUCCUAAUGUUACAGUUGAACAAGGACCUCCCCCAUCCCUUCCCAUAGCCAGUUUCUCAAAAGAACACCUUCUCACUCCACCUCUUCUCUGACAGGUACCCACACAUACAUUCAGAAUUCAGUUUGGGGCUUGCUCCUUUGCCCCUCCAGGCAUUCCCCAAACAAAUGAACAUCCGAGCAUCAUCUUACCUGGUGCAGAAGACAGUUUGAUGCAUCCUGUGGAUCACCUUCAGAUUCAGCAAAGUAAAGGGAGGCGCUGUCUGGACACCAGUGAACCGUGCACUCUCUAGUCUAGGUUCAGUUGUUAUGACAUCAUUCCUAAUGUGUGUGUGUGUGUGUGUGUGUGUUACUGUUACGUCAUAUUAACAAUAGUAACAGCUCCCAUUUAACUUUUGUGUGCUAAAUGUGUUUUACAUGCAUGUUUAAAAUAGCACUGUGACUUGAGCAUUAUUAUCCCUGUUUUAGAAAUAAGCCUAGGCUCAGUAAUUUGUUCAGGAGUGCAGGAUUGUGAACCCAGGAAGUUCCCACAGUCUGUGUGUGUAACCAUGGUGGUAUGUAUUUUUUCUUCCUUGGAGAACAAAAUUAAAAACUUUGCUAUAUAUCA